AUGAUUGAUGAUCUCAUAGAAAAGAUUGUGAAGAAUAAGAGCACUGAUGAUGACUUUAUUCGGAUGACAUUUCUAGUUCUCUUAGGAACUAUAAUUGCACCAGUGUCUCAUGAAUACGUUCCGAAAAAAUACUAUGCCUUAGUGCAAAAUAUUAAGUUGAUAAGGAAGUUCAACUGGAAUGCAUUCACUUCACGAUUCUGUUUAUCGGAGAUUGGUAAGCUUCUGCAGGACGGCCAUGUUAGGCAGUGGCCCCAGGGGAACCUCGCCCUUUUGCAAUACCUAUACUGGGAGAAGGUGCAACCAAUCAUCGGUCCAAAAUAUGAUCCGUUGGCAUUGUUGAGCCCGCUGAUGAGGAACUGGACGGAAGAUAUGGCUGUGAGAAGAGACAAAUAUGACUAUGAAUAUGGUCAUGGUGUUGGGAUGAUCGAUGACAACAUUACAGAGGAGUAUAGGCUGAAAAAAAUUGCGGAAGAAGAAGCUCAAAAAACCAAGAAAGCUAGUAGCAAAAAAUCUAACGUUAUUGGAACGAGGAAAGAGGGCAGUACCUCGGAGGCUUCGAGCCAGAAGCCUAAUAUGGACCGGAUUUUGAGUGAGAUGAAUGAGAUUCGGAAGGAAAUGCUUCGUUUGCCAGAGUUAUGCGCACAGAGGAUGAUUGAGAAACUGAACAAAACCGGCGUCUCCUACAAACCCAGUAACCUGGAAGAGGACGAAGAGAAUCUGUACCGAGGCAUUAAUGAGUCUUCAAACGAUGGUGGACGUCCGCAAAAAGAGUUUGUAUAUCAAAAAGAUGAUUCAGACCGGUUCCGCACACCUUCCAAAAUGAAUUUGCAAAAGGAUGAUAACAGCGUUGAUGUAACUUCUCGUGGAAACACACCUUUUUACUGCACACCUGAGUACUGGGAUAGUUUCAAGGGUGAUAUGGAUGAUUCUGUCCAAGUACCAGAAGUAUCAGAUGAAAAAGCUGCCACAUCUUUAGAGACGGACGAAAUCGCAUCGCAUGCGUCGGUUGGUUCUCAAGGAGUACAAGAGGAAGUGGAGGAGGUAAUUAAUGCAUACUCAUCAUUUUUGGUCGACAAAGUUAAUGAUGAUCGUUUCAUGUUGACAACUUGGAGGAUACAUUGGUUGCUUCACAUUAGACCCGGAAAGAAGACCGCCGGUAACGAUUAUGAAGCAGAGUCGCAUAGUAAUGGACCCGUGAACAGAUGUGAGGACGAGUAUUUCAAAAAAUCAAAGAGAAAACAACUAGCAGAAGAUAUUCAAGAAGCAAAUGCAACCGGAAUUGUGAAAUAUCCGGAUGUUUCCAAUUGGCCUAUUCAAACGUAUGAUAUGCCAAAACAACAUGAUGGGAAUUCGUGUGGAAUAUUUCUCCUUCGAUGCUUUCAAUAUUGGGAUGGUGACAAAUGGACAGGCUUAUUUUCACAGACCUCAAUUGAUGAUUCGAGAGAGUUAAUGAUUGCGCAACUUAUCUUUUCGGAAAGAAACAAGCUUGAUGAAGUGAAAAACAAAAUUAUUCGGAUAUCAAAGAAGAAAAAAUAG